AUGAGGGCAAACCUGGCCCGUCAUGGCAGGCGACUCCUUGUCUGCCAGGCGAGGACGGCGCCAUCCUGCGCCGUAUAUGCGACUCCAGCUCGUCGACGUCCGAUUGCUCCGAGGCCAGUAUCCUAUGCCAAUCUAGAGCGCACGUUUUUCAGCGGGCUAUUCCAGAAGCCUCCGCGGGAGGUCAGGCCGCCCGAGUACGAGCCGGGAUGGCUGCAAAUCAUGGUCUGGAGGAGUCGCAUGCUGGACAACGUCAGGCCACCGCCGCGGAAGGAGUUGAUCGAGUCUUGGAAGAAGUUUAUGCAGUCGAAACUGGCCACCCGCAUGCCUCUGAACAGCACACAGGCACUGCAGUGUCGCCGGUUGCUGGAGUAUCUGGCAGAUGUGCCAACCAAGCAGGAUGUCAGAACGCUUACUCUUGCCGACCUAACGAUGGCGAGGCAAAUGCUGCUUCAAGAGGAUUUAAUCGAACGAACACAGCAUCAUUUAGAUUUCGCCAAAGCAUUACACUCGAUAUGGCUAUCGGGGGACUAUCCCAAGACUCCUAAUGCCGUAGAAUUACAAUGGGUCUACCUCGUCAAGGCCAUGUGUCUAUAUGGUGGAUCUCGCGAGGCUUUGCAGUUGUUAUACGAGAAAUGGGAACAGCCAGAAUAUGCGGUUUACCUGAACCAAGAGAACCAAGAAGUCCACCUAGUCGAAACCGUUGCUCAGGGUCUUGCAAGAGAGGGAUGUGAAGCCGAGUUGGUGGGGUUGGUCGAGUAUGCCGAGAAUCACAAAGUGCCAUAUGAUGUGAAGAUCCAAGCCGUCAUGGUAGAAUUCUUUGCCGAGCGAGAUCGUGUCGCCGAGACCAAGCACUGGUUCAGCAAGCCUCUAUCGGGAGGCAUACCGCGAGCGCCAACGUAUCGCACGGUGGCGGCUUUUGCCAUGCGCAACAACCUUCAAGAAUGGGCUACUUGUCUGUUCCGCGAACUUGGAGAAUCGCAGCCAAGGAGGAACCACUGGAAUGUGCUACUUGAGGGAAUACUCAUUACUGGAAAGAGUCUUGCCGAGGUAGACACUGUAAUGUCACACAUGGUUGACCGCAAAGGAGAGGUAUCACCAGAUACUAGCACAAUCAACAGUCUUCUCAGAGUUGCCUCUGCGCAGCGAGACGAGGCACUAGGCGAUGACAUUCUCGCGCUCGCCGCAAAGAGAGGGCUGGCUCCGAAUGGAGAAACUCAUUUAAUCUUGCUCGGCUUACGACUCGGAACUAACAAUUUGGUGGAGGCACGAGAGGCGUACAAUCAAGUUAGGCAUAUGCAGCCUUGGACGAACGAGUCAAAGCCGCAUCUCUUUGCCGAAUUUCGCAAGAUGGUCAACGAGUACCUGGUCGCGCUGACAGCCCAGAAACUGCCGGAUUUCAAGCUGAUUUCAUCCAUGCUGGAGGCCGUUGAAGAAGACCAGAUGCGGCUCGAGCCAGCCACAGUUGCAGCUCUCUGCUUGAGAUUUUUAGAGAAUGACCAGCAUUUCGAUGUCAUGGAUAUCCUCUCAAUUCACUCCUUCUUGUACAGCGAAUCGGAGCGAGAGGUUAUCCAAAACGCAUUUGUCGCCUUCUGCCUCGAGUCCAGCACGAGCACGAACCGAGCAUGGGGGGCGUAUCAGCUACUCCAUCAAUUCUUCCAGGACACCAGCUUCGAACGGCGCGUGGAACUGAUGAAUGCAUUUUUCCAAAGGAGACGCCCUGACAUGGCUUCACAUGUCUUUGGACACAUGCGCGCACACCGAAAUAAGUCAUACCAUCCCACAAUGGACACCUACAUCACUUGUCUAGAGGGAAUUGCCCGAUAUCCCGACCACGACGGGCUGGAAAUGGUGCACAACAUGUUGAAGAUGGACACCACGCUACAGCCAUCGACGAGAUUAUACACAGCUUUGAUGCUGGCAUACGCCGGCUGCGGCCAGCCUUUGAUAGCGCUAGACUACUGGGGCCAGAUCACUCAAUCGAGGGAAGGGCCCUCAUAUGCAACGUUGGAGGCAAUGUUUUGGACACUGGAGAAGAAGACGGGCGGGCAUAAGCAAGCCCGCGAGGUUUGGGAGAGGAUGGAGAGGAUGGAUUUGGAAAUACCGCAGAGCGUCUACAACGCCUACGUCGGCGCAAUAGCCGGCAGUGGCAACGAGAAGGAGGUUCGAGGACUGAUAAUGAAGAUGGCAUCUGUCGUGGGGUCAGAGCCAAAUGCCAUGACCCUUGGUAUUGCAUACAAUGCUCUGCCCGGACAGCCUCUUCAGCAAGGGUUCCAGGAAUGGGCCAAGGGGCGAUAUCCCGAUGUUUGGGCGGAACUGAUCAAGGUGGGACGGCGCAUGGACGAGUACUCGCUGUGCCAAUUCAAAAUAGAACGGGUCAUGAAGGCCUAG